GGACACGAAAAUGCUUCAUGGUUUUGCCUACCCUGGAGCUAUUCUUGGGUUUGACUUUGCCGGCACUGUGGCCGCUGUUGGCUCUGCGGUGACAAGGCCACUUCAACCUGGUGACCGCGUCUGUGGUAGUGCAGACAGUAUGAAUAGACAGCGACCCAGUGGGGGAGCAUUUGCCAAGUAUACUUCCUGUCCUGCAUCGCUGGUGGUCAAGAUCCCGGCCGAUAUGCCUUUCACUGAUGCAGCAGGGUUGGGAACAUCACUGGCCUCUGCAGGCUUGGCACUCUUCCAUUCUCUUAAACUGCCGGCUUCACUUGAAUACCCUGCCGACAGGCCCAUCUAUGUGCUGAUCAACGGUGGCAGCACGGCAACGGGAACGAUGGCCAUCCAGCUCCUCCGAGGGUGUAAUCUCCGCCCAAUCGUCACCUGCUCCCCUGACCACGUCGAGUUGGUGACAUCUUACGGCGCCGAAAAGGCAUUCAACUAUCAUUCACCGACCUGCGCUCAGGAUAUUCGAGCCUAUACGCGAAACGCCCUGGCUUUCGCGGUCGACUGCAUCACACAACCGUCCACGAUGAAGCUUUGCUACGAUGCCAUUGGGCGUGCCGGCGGCAGAUAUGUGGCUCUAGAUCCUUUCCUGGAGUCGCAAAAUACGCGGAAAGUUGUCAAACCCAACUGGAUCCUCGCCACGAGCGUGACGGGCCGGGGCUGCUCGUGGCCAGCUCCCUACGGACGGGAUGGAGACCGCGAGAUUCGGGCUUGGGCCGAGGGCUUCUUUUCCACAGUACAGCCGCUCAUAGAAGCAGGUCGGAUCCGAUCCCAUCCGGUCAAGAUCUGUCCAGGCGGGCUUCCCGGCAUCCUCGAGGGCAUCGAGUCUAUUCGACGGAAAGAGGUGCGGGGUUUUAAACUGGUGUAUCCAAUGGAGUGGUGAAGGAG